AUAGCUUCCCUAUGUUUAUUCAUCUUCCUGUUCCUUCCUGGUGUUGAGCCUUGAGUGUGUUGAUUCAGGAAGUGGCUAGGGGGGCUGUGGGCUCCGCUGGAGGAUAAGCGCUUCCUGUCGUUUCCAGGCCCCUGGACAAUCAAGGUUGUUUGGAAUUCAUCUUAGGUCGGGAUGGUAGCUGACUGCGCAGGAUAGCGGCGGCCAUGUGGAGGUGACAGUCAGCUUGAGGACUCGGAGAGCCCAAAGGAGCUUGGCCCAGGUGGACAUUGCUGGCUGGCAGCGCGGCCUCGGUGCUGGCGAUGGAAGCGGAAGGCUUGGGUUGGCUUCUGGUCCCGCUGCACCAGCUGGUUUCCUGGGUGGCCGCUGGGGCCAUGGUCUUCGGAGGGGUGGUACCGUACAUACCCCAAUACAGGGACAUCCGGAGGACUCAGAACGCCGAUGGUUUCUCGACCCACGUGUGCCUGGUGCUAUUAGUGGCCAAUAUUUUACGGAUACUUUUCUGGUUUGGGAGGCACUUCGAGUCCCCGCUGCUCUGGCAGAGCAUUGUUAUGAUCCUUACGAUGCUGCUGAUGCUGAAACUCUGCACCGAGGUCCGCGUGGCCAACGAGCUGAACAUCAAGCGCCGCUCCUUUGCAGACUUUGAUCCUCAUCACUUCUGGCACUGGAGCAGCUUUGCAGACUAUGUGCAGUGUGUCCUGGCCUUCACAGGUGUGGCAGGCUAUGUCACCUACCUGUCCAUCGAUUCGGCUUUGUUUGUAGAGACGUUGGGCUUCCUGGCCGUGCUGACGGAAGCCAUGCUGGGUGUGCCACAACUGUAUCGAAACUACCGCCACCGCUCCACGGAGGGGAUGAGCCUCAAGAUGGUGCUCAUGUGGACAAGUGGGGACACCUUCAAGACAGCCUACUUCUUGCUCAAUGGUGCACCUCUGCAGUUCUCAGUCUGUGGGCUGCUACAGGUCAUGGUGGACCUGGCCAUCCUGGGGCAGGCCUAUGCCUUUGCUCACCACCCCCAGAAGCCAGCAGCCCAUGCAGUGCACCCUGCCAGCGCCAAGGCUCUCUGAGGAAUCUAGGGAGGACAAGGACAUGUGACCGACCAGCCGUGGGUGCUGAGUCCCAGUCUGUGCUUCUGCAUCAGGGAGACUGGUCCUGUGCACUCCACAGAUGGGCCAGGUGUAGGCAGAGAUUAACUUGAGUGCUGUGUCCCCAUCAGCCUUCUGGUGGGGGACUGAGGGUCAGUGGAGCUAGGGCUGCCUCUGUGGGGUUUUCAAGGUGUUAGAAAAGGCAGGCGUCUUUCCUUACCUCCUCCAGAAAAACUCUGGCCUGAUCCUGAAAUAGGUUCAUGCCACUAAACAAGAUGGCAGGCAGAGCAAGCAGCUAAGUUCCUUCCUCUCAGCCAUCUUCUCUCAGUGAGCCUCUGGUCUCCUAGCAGAGCCUGUGGCACUCUUAGUGUGUAGUCAUGGCUGCAGGCGGCUUGUCUGUCCUUAAGUUCUGGCCUGUCCUACCCUAGUAUGCCACGGGUAUGUCUACUGCACCUGGGGGAGAUAGAGGCUGUUGGCCUGACACUGGUCACUGUAUUUUGCUCCUCUCUUGAGCUCAUCAUGAGAUCAUGUUGUGCUUAGCAGCCUUGUGCUGACCUGGCUGGCUCCUGGGUCCAGAAUGUUCUAGAUGCUUCUAUAUAACAGUAUCUUCCCUUCUGCUGGGCAGAAGAACUUCUUGUGCACACGAUGAUGCUAUCCAGUUAGCACAAUAGCUCUGAAAGUCAUGGUGGCUCACCUGAUGGCCAAAGAGUCCACACUGUGCCACCUUCAAGCUUCCCUUGGAUAUUCUAAGUGUGCGAGCAAGAUUCUUGCUCACUGUCUGGCCUGUCAGAUGCUUGUAAGAUGUUUAUUUUUUAAAAAUGAAGGGAGAUGUCUGUAGUGGUAAUUACCUCCAAAAUAAAUGCCAUCGAUGGCA